CUUUUACACUGUGGAUUCGGUUCAGAGCGGAACACACUGACAGCAUCAGAUCCUCUUUUCCUGUCUGCGUGCACACCGAUAGUAAGUGUCAGUUGAGAAACCAUCGUAUGACAGUAACAUCUUUUAUUUAAUUUCCUCGGAGGAGACGCGUUUCAUCGCCGCAGACGCACGGCGCAUGUUCCUCUUAAACCCAAGUCCACCUGUGCGUGUGUGUUUGAAUGACUGACUGACUGACUGGGAGAGAUUUGUUCAUUUCUAGGAACGGGGUUGUGCAGCUCCUCUUCAUCACCAGACCGAGAGGAGAAUCCGUCAACGUCAUUUAAUCAGGAAUAACUGCUUCGAUUUUUCUACGGAGUGACUAUGUGCGCCCUGUGCAGAUUGUGAGAGAGAAAAGUCUCCCGUUUGCUUCUGAUCCAAAGGGACACACCAGGUAGUUCCACAAGGGAAUACACGGGAUCGGAAGAAAUCCCCGUCCGAUUUUGAGUUCUUGAGAGAGAUAAGAAGGAGCGUAGCCUACACGAUGCCACUUGCUCAACUGGCAGAACCAUGGCCCAAAAUGGAGCUGGUGCAGUUGGAGACGGAGAAUGGGCAGAGCACCACUGAGGAUGGGGUCACUUCAGCUGUUAAGCAGUACAAGUCACAGAUCACCUGGGUAGAGAAAGAGUUUGCUGGUAUCAAUGUGAAGGAAGAUGGUGACAUCAAGGAGAUCAACAUCACACAUGUUGUUAAGGAGGGUGCGGAGAAAGCAGACCCCUCACAGUUCGAGCUGCUCAAAGUGCUGGGGCAAGGCUCCUUUGGAAAGGUUUUUUUGGUACGAAAGGUAACCCCUCCUGACAGUAAUCAGCUCUACGCCAUGAAGGUCUUGAGAAAGGCCACACUCAAAGUGAGGGAUCGUGUGAGAACUAAAAUGGAGAGAGACAUCCUGGCAGACGUCAACCAUCCGUUUGUGGUUAAACUCCAUUAUGCUUUUCAGACUGAGGGUAAACUCUAUCUGAUUCUGGACUUCCUCAGAGGAGGGGAUCUAUUCACCAGGCUGUCAAAAGAGGUGAUGUUCACAGAAGAAGAUGUGAAGUUUUAUCUGGCUGAACUGGCACUGGGUCUAGAUCACCUGCACGGCCUCGGCAUCAUCUACAGAGAUCUCAAACCUGAGAAUAUCCUCCUGGACGAAGAGGGACAUAUCAAACUCACAGAUUUUGGGCUGUGUAAGGAGGCUAUCGACCAUGAGAAGAAGGCUUACUCCUUCUGUGGGACGGUGGAGUACAUGGCCCCAGAGGUGGUUAACCGGCAGGGACACACGCACAGCGCUGACUGGUGGUCGUUUGGGGUACUAAUGUUUGAGAUGCUUACAGGUUCACUGCCAUUCCAGGGAAAAGACAGAAAAGAAACAAUGAAUCUUAUUCUGAAAGCCAGGUUAGGGAUGCCUCAGUUCCUGAGCGCCGAGGCUCAAAGCUUACUGAGAGCUCUUUUCAAGAGGAACCCUACCAACAGACUGGGAUCUGGAGCAGAUGGAGCUGAGGAAAUCAAACGCCAUUCAUUCUUCAUGACAAUUGAUUGGAAUAAACUCUUUAGACGAGAAAUAAAACCUCCAUUCAAGCCAGCUGUGGCCAGACCUGAUGACACCUUUUACUUUGAUUCAGAGUUCACUUCUCGUACCCCUAAAGAUUCCCCAGGUGUUCCCCCCAGCGCAGGGGCUCAUCAGCUCUUCCGUGGCUUCAGCUUUGUUGCUACAGCGAUGCUAGAGGAGGAGGGCAAAGAAGAGCCCUCUCGGCCCCCUCCACACCCUGUGGUGCAGCAGCUUCACGGUAAGAACCUCUUGUUCAGUGACGGUUACAUACUCAAGGAGGACAUCGGCAUGGGCUCUUUCUCUGUCUGCAAACGCUGCAUACACAAAGCAACCAACACAGAGUAUGCAGUAAAGGUAAUUGAUAAAACAAGCACCGACCCAUCAGAAGAGAUUGAGAUCCUGCUGAGAUACGGUCAGCACCCUAACAUCAUCACUCUCAAAGAUGUGUAUGAUAAUGGGAAGCAGGUGUACCUGGUCACAGAGCUGAUGCGAGGAGGUGAACUGCUGGACAGAAUCCUCAAGCAGAAGUUUUUCUCAGAAAGAGAGGCUAGUGCUGUGCUGCACACUAUCACAAAGACUGUGGAAUACUUGCACUGUCAAGGGGUUGUGCACAGGGACCUGAAGCCAAGUAAUAUUCUGUAUGUUGAUGAGUCUGGAAAUCCAGAAUCUCUGCGCAUCUGUGAUUUCGGUUUUGCCAAGCAGCUCCGGGCAGACAAUGGCCUCCUCAUGACACCCUGCUAUACUGCCAACUUUGUAGCACCCGAGGUACUGAAAAGACAGGGCUAUGAUGAGGGCUGUGACAUUUGGAGUCUUGGAGUAUUACUAUACACUAUGCUUGCUGGUUUUACACCAUUUGCCAACGGACCAGAAGACACUCCAGAAGAGAUUCUGAGUCGGAUAGGGAGUGGACGCUUUACUCUGAAGGGAGGCAACUGGGACGCGGUGUCUGAUGCUGCCAAAGAUCUGGUCUCUAAGAUGCUCCAUGUGGAUCCUCACCAGCGACUCACAGCCAAGCAGGUCCUGAAGCAUCCUUGGAUCAUUCAGAGAGACAAACUUCCCAACAGCCAGUUACAACAUCAAGAUGCCAAGCUUGUCAAGGGUGCGAUGGCCGCCACAUACUCAGCACUGAAGAGUUCCCAACCACCCCCUGAGCUGAAGCCCAUCGAGUCCUCAUUCCUGGCGCAGAGACGGGUGAAAAAGCUUCCUUCCACAUCUCUGUAGAGAACGAGGGAAGGAGACAUGGAGAAGUACUCCAGACUGAAUGCAGUUGUGGAAAGGAUGGAUGGAUGGAUGGAUGAAAGCACCACACUGAAUCUCUAAAGACUAAAGACGGUCUCUUGAACCUGCCCAUGACAUCAGCGCUGCAGUGGAGCUGUCAAGCACGCUAGGCAAGGGAGGUGAUUGGCUGAUGAAGUUUGAGGGGCAUGGCCAGUGAGGGUUCCGUUCUCCCUUAGAAGUAGGGGUGUGUGUUUAUGUGUGUGUAUGAGAGAGAAUUAAAAAAAAACGGGUAAAGGAUACUGUUAUAAAAUAGAUGAUAUUCCCAAUGCAUUUGUCUUGGUACUGUAAUACCCAAAUAUCAACACUGCUGAGUUUCUUUUUUAUUUCUGUUUUUGUUGGUUUUGAUUUUUGUCUAUUGUUGUUUUUUUUUACCUCUAUAGUUUGUUCAAAUGGAUUUCAUGUUAGAUCUGUCUCUUUCUAGAAGCUUUUCAGUUGCUAUGCUUUCCAAUUGUCCAGUAGAUUUCUCUUAAUCAGUCUCUUCCUAAAAGCUCAAAGUGGCCUUUAGGAGAAGCAGAGAUGUUCCGGUAUAAUAUUUCACCCACAUGGACAAGUAAAGGUUAAAUAUAUCUUCCAUAAUGAUCCGGCGAGCAUGAUCACAUGACUAUCAACCUUAACAUAGUGGAGAAUGGGAGUGUUUCUGCAUGGAUUUGUACAAUGCUGUCUUGUUUCUUUCUUGUUUUCCCGACCCGGCACCUUUGCUUGGUGAACCUGUCAGCAUUGGUGAAGACAGUUCAGAAAAUGUCAUCUUGUGUUUAUUAAAGUAAAGAAUGAAACAAAGUGUGUAUGUGAGAUGACAUCUGAAACUUGUGGCAUGGAAAAAUGUUGCUCUUGUUAGACCAGUGCUUUUUCUGGAUAUUGAAUGCUGUCUCCUGUGUUUUGAUUUUGUUGUUGUUGUUUUGCUUACAGAGAAGUUAUUUUAUAAAUGCACAUUCAGCACAAAAUUGUAUAAAUAUGACAGCUAAGGAAAUGAUUUAAUAAUUGUGUAUAUUUUUACCUUGUCUGUCCUAUUCCUUGUUCUCCGUGCG